AUGGCAUCGCACACAGAAUCGCAACGCUACCUGAGCACAAGAGGAGGCUCUUACGACCUGUCAUUCGAGGACGUCGUACUCAAGGGUCUCGCAGCAGACGGCGGUCUAUUCAUCCCUGAAGAAGUUCCCGCACUGCCCUCAGAUUGGCAAUCCAAAUGGCGCAACCUCUCCUUCCAGGAGCUCGCCUUUGAAAUCUUCAGCUUGUACAUCUCCAAGAGCGAAAUCCCCGCCGACGACCUCAAAGAUAUCAUCCACCGCAGUUAUGCCACUUUCCGCGCAAAAGAUGUCACACCCGUCGUCACCCUCGACAAGAGCAAGAACCUGCAUUUGAUGGAGUUGUUCCACGGUCCCACAUUCGCUUUCAAGGAUGUCGCACUUCAAUUUGUCGGCAACCUGUUCGAGUACUUCCUCGUGCGCAUGAACAAGGGCAAGGAAGGCACUGACAGACAACAUUUGACCGUUGUUGGUGCUACCAGUGGAGACACUGGUUCUGCUGCCAUCUACGGUCUGCGCGGCAAGAAGGACGUCUCGGUCUUCAUCAUGCACCCCAAGGGCAAGGUCAGCCCUGUUCAGGAGGCUCAGAUGACCACUGUCCUCGAUGCCAACGUUCACAACUUGGCCGUUGACGGCACUUUCGACGACUGCCAGGACUUCGUCAAGGCUCUUUUCGGUGAUGCCGAUAUGAACAGCACCCACCGCCUCGCCGCCGUCAACUCCAUCAACUGGGCCCGUAUCCUCGCACAAAUUACCUACUACUUCCAAUCAUACUUCACCCUCGCACGCGCACUUGACAGCUCCAACCCUCAAGUCCGCUUCGUCGUACCCACUGGUAACUUCGGUGACAUCCUUGCCGGUUACUUCGCCAAGCGCAUGGGUCUGCCCGUAGACAAGCUCGUCAUUGCCACAAACGAGAACGACAUUCUGCACCGUUUCUGGCGCAGCGGUCACUACGAGAAGAAGCCUGUCCACGGCCGCGAGGCUGAGGGUGGUUUCGAGCACGAUGGCGCAAAGGCACAUCUUGAUGGUGUUAAGGAGACAUUGGCACCCGCCAUGGAUAUCUUGGUCAGCAGCAACUUCGAGCGUCUGCUGUGGUACCUGUCCUACCGCGUCAAUGACAACGGAAGCGUCACUGAGCGUCGCAAGGCUGCUGGUCAGCAGGUCAAGACCUGGCUGCAGGCACUCAAGACCGACGGCGGUUUCGGUGUCGAGAAGGCUAUCUUGGAUGCUGCACACGAGGACUUCGAGUCUGAGCGUGUAUCCGACAAGCAGACUCUCGAGCAAAUCACCCAGACAUACGCUUCAGGUAAUGGCAUGACACCCUACAUUCUCGAUCCUCACAGCGCCAUCGGUAUUGCUGCUGCUCUGCGCUCCGUCCAGCGCGCACCCAACGCCCACCACAUCGCUCUCGCCACUGCUCACCCUGCCAAGUUCUCAUCAGCAGUCGAGACAGCGCUUGGUGGCCAAGAAGGUUUCAGCUUCAAGGCUGUUCAGCCCGAGCAGUUUGUUGGUCUCGAGCAACAGCCUCGUCGCGUCACCAUUGUCAAGAACGGUGCUGGUUGGCAAGACGUUAGAGAAAUUGUUCGCGAGGAGGUGCAGCUCGAGAUGGAGGGCAAGGCCAGCAGUGGUCCCGGCGAGAUUGUCAAGGGUUAA